GCGAAAUUUUCUUCACAACGUCUUCAGUCGCCGAACGGUUCACAACUCCGCGUUCCCGUUCCGUACUGGUCGUCAAGCCCAAAUUCGUUCAGAAGGAAAAACCUUGAAUUUUGCUUUAUUUUAGUAAAAUUUAUCAAUUUGCGUCGCGUCGCGUUCAAUUUCGGGAGAAAAAGCAAGUAAAUUAAGCACUUCAAAAUGGUGGACAAAAUCGAGAUGAGCCUGGACGACAUCAUCAAGUCGUCGAAGCCCCAGCGAGGCGCCGGUGGCCGCGGCGGGGUCAACAAGAAUGGUGCCGGUCCUCGGACUGGCGGUGGCCGUGGAGGUCCACCCAGGAACGGAUCCGGUGGUGGCGGAUUCCGUCAGAACCUCAACCGCUCCGGCGGCGGCGGCGGUGGUGGUGGAGUCCUCAAGGGACGCCAGCGCGGCGGAAUUCAGCGGUCGAAAUACGCACGGGGGGAUGUCAACAGCGCCUGGAAGCACGACAUGUACGAGGGAGCGCGCAAGAGCCGGCUGCUGGCCGCGGCCGGGCUCGGCGGUGGACUCGGAGGCGGUGGCCCCGGAGGGCUGGGCAGCACCAAGCUGAUGGUAUCGAACCUGGACUUUGGCGUGUCGGAGUCGGACAUCAACGAGCUGUUUGCGGACUUUGGACCGCUGAAGAGCGCGUCGGUACACUACGACCGGUCCGGACGGUCGCUGGGCACAGCCGACGUCGUCUUUGAGCGGCGCGCGGACGCCAUCAAGGCCAUGAAGCAGUACAACGGCGUUCCCCUGGACGGCCGCCCCAUGAGCAUACAGCUGGCCACGUCGGAGAUUCCGGUGCCGCGGGCACCCCGCCUCGGCGGUUCCAGCGACCGCUCGUCCGGUCUCGCUCCCCGCUCGCCACGAUCUCCGCGGUCUCCGGGACGGCGCCAGGGAGGCGGCCGUGGUGACGGUGGCAGCAGCCGAGAUCGCUCAGCGACGCUCCAUCCCAAGAAGCACAUCGAAAUCACGUUUUCCGUUGAUUUGCAAAAUUUUCACGUUCGGAAACAGCAGCCAGUCGAAUCAGCGCCGCGGCGGUGGCGGCGGAGGUCCCCGCCGGCAGCAGCGCGAAACCAAGACGGCCGAGGAGCUGGACGCCGAACUGGACGCGUACACUAAGGACAUGAAGUAGGGAGGAGAAACAGAAAAAAACCAAGCUUUAUCCUGCCCCCAAAACAGUGGCCGGCAUUUUGCAACGUGACCUCUAAACAAAAUUUUCUAGUGGUUAAUCGUUUAGCGUGUAAGGAACUCACCUCCCUUAACAAAAGAAAAGAAGAAAAAAAAAAAACAUCAACCCCUUCACAAAAGUAACCACGCGCGCGCGGUGUGUAAAUAAGUGCGGUGACUUGAACCACCAACUCGGAGAGAGCCAGCAGCCCCUCGGUCAGAAGACGCUAGGUUACACUCAAACCUAGCCAGGACAACGACGAAAGUGGUUUUUAGAUUCUUAAUAAUUUAAACUGUUUCACUAGUGGAAUAAAAACGCAGAGAAAAGCGCGUGACGAUUGAUCUUACAA